UAUUAUACGCUCAAGGCCUGUGAAGGCUUUACAGAGGGGAGUGGGUUACAGGUAAAUUCAAACAGUAAGUAUACAAGAAAAACAAGUACAACAUAAAAAUACAAUUUGACAAAUAAUUCAGUAGGAAUACGAUGAAAGAAAACUAUUACAAUAAAAAAGACAAGAUAUACAAGUACAUGAAACUGCAUUCUAGCAAGUAAUGUUGGUUAAGGCAUCACGAAACAAGAAAUUAUCGCUGAUGGAUACAAUGUUUGCGGGAAGGUGGUUCAACUCUAGUGACGUUCGAGGUACAAAUGACAGGGAAAAUGUAUUUGUGCUGCAAGAAGGGACAUGAACCUUGUAAGAAUGAUCGAUGCGACGAGAUAAGUAGUGUGGAAUAUGAAUACAUCAUGCAGUGUUGUAUGGUGAAACAUUUUGUGAAAUAAUGAUAAACGGGAAACUUUACGUCGAGCUGCGAGAGAUGGAAGAGAAAGGUUAGUUUCCACGGCUGUUACGCUGGCAGUUCUGUUGUAAUUCGAAAGAAUAAAACGAGCAGCGUUAUUCUGAACUAAUUCUAAUGCAUUAAGUUUAAGUUAUUAGGGUCCCAGGCUGAUGUAGCGUAUUCUAAUUUCGGGCGUAUUAAGGUUUUAUAAAGCAAUAAUUUCAGAUUGUGGAGCCUUAAAAGUUUCGCCUUAAGUAACCAAGAGCGCGGUUAGCAUUGUUUACUAUAUUAUUAAUGGGGGUUGCCCAGGUAAGGUUUAUGUGAUAUGAAUUCGUAAGUAUUUGUACGAAGUUACCUGUUCUAAAGGGUAUUCUAUGUAUUGUGCGACACAUGUCAGGUAGCACCAAUUAAAAUUACAUCUGCCUUUGCGUGCAUGCAGGAAGUCAAACGGAGAAUUCAACCUCGCAUUGGCGAACUCCGGGAAAGAGAUGUUCACUUCUAUCUACAACUGGAGAGCCACGUACUUCGAUAAGUAUGCCCAAGUGGAAAGCAGGGUAGUGUGCGACCUCGAGCCGUUCUCCAUUCACAACCUGGACUUCUUGGCAGUAGUCAACAAGCGCUUCUCCAGGGACACCGCCAAAGUGAGCACCGUCAUCUACAAGUACGACCUGUCCCGAAACACGUGGAAGACGCUGCAGCAGAUUCCCACGUACGCUGCAACGGACGCGGAGUUCUUCACGCUGGGACCUGACUCAUCGACGAAGGAGUUCUUCUUGGCCAUCGCUAAUCAAUACGAACAAUAUGAUGACCACCGCAACUACGCAGUCAACUCGGUCGUCUACAAGUACGUGGACGGCAAGUUCGUUCCGUUCCAGUGCCUACACACUACGGGUGCUACCAAGAUCGCCGCAUACGAAGGCGCCGGCGGCGAGUUCCUUCUGGCCGUGGGCAGUCUGUACGAGCCGGUGCACCUCUAUCAGUACAACGGCUGGCACUUCGUCCUGGCCGAAGUUCAGCACACCCAGUCGACGAUGGGACCCGGCGUGCACGACUUGACCUUCCACCUCCUGCAGCCCUCUCGGGACUUGCUGCUUGGUGCGCUCCUCGCAUGCAUGUAUUCAUCGUCCGCUUUGGGCCCGUCGCGCUGCCCGGUGCUGACUUUUGUGCGCAUGACUAUAUACACACAUCGUACAUACAUGUGUAAACGACUUCCAGCGAACGCGAAUGGCUCAAUAUAACUUGCUCCGCAUACAAGGGGCUGUAGCCCCGUCCAAGAGCUCUAAGUUGGAGAUAAUUGCAAACACCGCGUGGUAAAUAUACCAAUCGUAAGCUCUGUGUGAUGUGCAACCAUGUUUCACUCUCAACUGAAUACUAUCAUGACUAUGUUGGGCUGAGUUUUAGCACUUCAAAUAUGAACACUACGACAAGGCAGGUAAUUUGCGCUUCGUCCUUCCUUGUCUGUAGUCGUUCAUAUACUCAGUGUUAAAACUCGGCUCAACAUAAUCGUGAAUGUGCUCCAAUUAGCCCAGUUCAUCGCUCUACUAAAUAUCACCUUGUCGGUCAUCUUGACCGCCUUCACUUCUCGAUCUUACAUAAUUGCUGUAUUGCGAUUCUUGUCCUGCAUAGCAACCUACCAUAUGCUGAAACUAUUUGCUAAAUUCACAUUAUGUCAGUAAAGCUUUGGUAACAUGGAUGACUCUCUGCCCGCGGUAACCAUCCCCAAAUAUGGAAGAUACGAUCGCCCGCGCUAUUUCGACGCCGCUGUUGCUCUCGCUAUUUCCAUUCGGAUUUCCGCCUCUGUCAUCCAGUAAGAGCCUUCGGCUCGCUCAUGAAAAGGGAUGUACCACUAGCCUUAUUGUUCAUUCAUGUGAGCGGCUGUCAGUCGCUUAUUAGCCUUGAAGGACUCGUCUCCUCUAAAACGCCAACGAAAUCCCAAAAGAAAUCCAAAAAGAAAUCCCGGUAGACUUGCUUUUUGCAUGU